AUAUUUUCUGGUUUGUUUACAGGGUGGAGAACUUUGCUCACUUCGCUAUGAUCUGACAGUUCCAUUUGCUCGAUACGUGGCUAUGAAUGGCUUGACAUCAUUCAAAAGGUAUCAGAUAGCGAAGGUAUACCGAAGGGACAACCCAUCUAAGGGGAGAUACCGUGAAUUCUAUCAAUGUGAUUUUGAUAUCGCUGGUCAUUUUGAGAAAAUGGGGCCAGAUUUUGAGGUCAUUAAGAUUUUGACAGAGUUGCUUAAUGAACUAGAUAUUGGGGAUUAUGAGGUGAAGCUGAAUCACCGGAAGUUACUUGAUGGAAUGCUGGCUUUAUGUGGGGUGCCUCAAGAAAAGUUUAGAACGAUUUGUUCAAGUAUUGACAAGUUAGACAAGCAAACAUUUGAGCAGAUAAAACAGGAAAUGGUGGAAGAGAAGGGAUUGACUGAGGAGAUAGCAGAUAAAAUUGGAACUUUUGUUAGAGAAAGGGGAGCCCCCGUGGAAUUAUUGUCUAAGCUAAAACAGGAAGGCAGUAAGUUCUUGGAGAACAGUGAGUCUGAGCUUGCAUUGAAUGAGCUGGAGAUUUUGUUCAAAUCUUUGGAGAAGUCAAAGUGUAUCGACAAAGUGGUUUUUGACUUGAGUCUUGCAAGAGGUCUCGAUUACUAUACUGGAGUAAUAUUCGAAGCUGUUUUUAAAGGGGCUGCUCAGGUUGGUUCAAUUGCAGCAGGAGGGCGUUACGACAAUCUCAUAGGGAUGUUUGGCACAAAGCAGGUUCCAGCUGUUGGAAUCAGUUUAGGAAUUGAAAGAGUGUUUGCAAUAAUGGAGCAGCUUCAAAGAGACAAGGACCAGGAUAUUAGAGCAGCUGAAACUGAAGUCCUAGUGUGCAUUCUAGGUGAUGAUUUGUCAUUAGCAGCUGAACUUGUAACCGAACUAUGGGAUGCAAAGAUGAAAGCCGAGUUCAAUGUCCAUAAAAGAGUGAUGAAGCACAUUGAUCGGGCCAGAGAGUCAAGAAUCCCUUGGAUGGUAAUCAUAGGCGACCGGGAACUUAACGAGGGGGUUGUGAAGUUAAAAGAUGUUGCAGCCUCUAAAGAGUAUGAAGUUCCUAGGAGUCGACUUGUAGAGGAACUUCAAGGACGUUUGAACACGUUUCCUUUGUAACUAGUUAACAUCACAAUUUAAGGUUAUAAAAUUAAGUUGCAAUCUGUAUUUUAGAGGUCUUACUUGCAUUGAGAAAUUGCACAUUUUUUCCUUUUUGUUAUGGGUUGGGGAUAAGGGGAAAAAAAAAAGGGUCCUGUACUUUAUCCACUUAAUGGAAUGGGAACCACAAUUUGUUUCCUAUAAAGGGAACUAACAUGUUAUGAAGAAUAGUUGGCUGGAUGCAUAUGAUUUAUAAAUGUGUAUUUUUGUUUCAUGUGAUCA